UAAUUUAAUUAAUUAUAAUUUUAUAACUUAUUGUGAUUUAAUUCUUUUAAUAUUUUAAUUUUUCAGUGGGUGCACGAGGAAGAGACGGCAAAAUCAUACGAAUUACACGGGACACUGAGACUUCUACAUCGACUCCGAUGAAUCCCCCAGAGAGGAUUCGACCGACAGCUUCAAGGAGAAGAAGACGUAUGAUUAUUGAAGAUGAUGAUGAGGGACAUAAUGAUCAGGGGGAGCCUUCUACAGUGCAUGAGGAAGAUGUGGUACAUGAGCAUAUGGUGCACGAGCAGGUGGAUGUACAUGAGCAGAAGGAGGUUGCACCUGCUCAUGAGGGAGAGCAUAUGGAGGAGGAACAUGAUGGAGCUGAGGGACCUGGUGAGCUCACACGGUAUCCUGAAGGACCUUAUGAUUUGUCUGUCCUUACACGAUACCGUUAUCAUGUUUCAGCUAGACUAUGGUUUGGCGAGAGCGACCAUUGCUGAAAAUUGUUGCGCAUGGGAAGAAAAUGCAACAAUUUACUCCGCCGGUACUUCCGCGACCCAUAGAGAAUUGGGUGAAUUUGUCUGGUCUGAACCCAUUACAACGGGGUAGUUUGAAGAUGAUCGACAACAACUUGAUAUCUGCCUUUGUUGAAAGAUGGCAUUCUGAGACAUCGUCAUUUCACAUGCCAUUUGGUGAAAUGACGAUUACUUUGGAUGAUGUUGCCAAUCUUCUCGGAUUGCCUAUUAGGGGUGAGUUCUACAGUCCACCCGAUGUAGAUAGAGUAACGACAUGUAAUCUUGCCGUCCAUCUAUUAGGAGUGACCACGGAAGAGAUCUGGGAGGAGACCAGAAAGACUAGAGGUGCACACUAUAGAUUGGAUUGGUUGAAGGAGAUGU